CACUCGCACCACAGCCACAAGGUGAUACUUUCUCCUGCAGUGGCUGUUCGUGGCCAUAGCACAUUUCCGCACAAAGAGUCUGGAGAUGGGAGACUUGUUUAUACUGGGAAUUUGGCAAAGGUUGUUUUAGGUGUGAAGUUUUUCUCUUACAGUACCAGUAUGCUUAACCUUUGCAUGAUGCCCUACAUCUUCAGAAAUGGCAUUGGAGUUGAAAGUUUGUCUUUACAAAUUGCCUUUUAUGGACUUAUUGGAUUCUUUACAUUUAUAAUGCCAGUUUCCUUGCAUCUGCUUACAAAGGGCUAUGUGGCUCGACUGUAUUAUAAGGCUGAGACAGACACAUACACAGCCAUUACAUAUAAUUUUAUUUUAGCAGAAAAAAAAACUGUGUUCCAGCAGAAGGAUGUAAAGAUACCUGGUAUUAGCAAGAUGUUUACAACAUUUUAUGUAAAAACUAAAUCAAUGCUUGUUAAUCCAGAGCUUUUCCCAUAUUUACAGGAUUACAACCAUCUCAUGGGCUAUGAUAAGCCUUUUCAUUUUGAUUUGGAGAAGUAACAAGCAUCUAGUGAAAGCAAGAAAUUGUGACGAUUAUGAAUGUUAUUUGUUGUCCAGUGCUUCAGACAUAAAGUAAUGCAAAAUUCUGUAGUUUUCAUAAGUGAAAGAUAAUUCAGUUCUUUUAAUAUAUUUGAGACUAGAAAAAAGUUAGGUUUUAUAUAAUUGUAAGCAGUAUAAUAGUGUUUCCUGAGUUAAUGCACCAAAUGCAGUUAAAAUGUAAAUAAAUGUUUACCCAUCUGACAUGGCUAAUUGUUCACUGCUUGAUUUCUGUUAUUUAAAUCGUGGAGAGGAAAAAUGCAUUUGAUGUUCAUUUUCUUCUGCAAGCUCACCAACACAUUAUUUUAAAGGAUGCAUUCCUAGAAAACCAUCCACGUUCACUGAGCAUCAAGUUCAUGAGUAAGAAAAUUUUGAAGCAUAAAAAGGGUUUUGUUAUUAUAAAUUAAAGGUCUGUUUUUGCUGUC